AUGGUAACUAAAGUGAAGGAAGACACGGUUGAUGCGAUCGUAUGUCCUGCAAAGACCAUUCAAGAGCACUGCGAUGAUAAGACAGGAGUUUGGACACGAACUACAACAUUUUAUAUUCCUGAUGGCUGUAACUGUAAGAAAAAACAGAAGGUAAAAUUCGGAAAGUGUGUGUGUCCGCCCCCGGAGGUAUGGACUUCAGCAUGUGAGAAUCAAUUCCGCACCGUGAUGACCACGUCCUACAGGCAAGUUGAAGGUGAAUGUCUUCCUUACGAAACAACAGCCCGAGAACGAUGCAGUUGUCCAAGUGGCUCAAGGCAAAGCCUCAAGUGCGAUGGAAAUGGUCAAUUUAAUAACUGCACUCUUACUCACGAAUUUGUGCCUGUUUCUAAGGCUUGCAGGACAAGGAAACAUUGUGUUAGUUGGAAGAAGGUUUGUCCUCCAAAAAGGGAAGAGAAUGUGGGUACCUGUGGCCCUGAAACAGGCUACAGGCAGAAAAUUAGCGAAACCACCUAUGUUUUUGAUAAAUCGACUUGUAAAUGCAAGCCUCGAGUGAUCAUCAGGUUGACUGGUUUCUGUGCGUGUCCUCCAACCAAAGAGGUUGCUGGCUUAUGUGAUAGGGAUCCAAACUCACCGAAAGCUGGACUUCGAAUCAAAACUCUUCACCAAUUUGAAGUAGAAGGCUGUGAAUGUGUUUCCCGGGUUACCAAUAUAACUGAGAUUUGUGAUUGCGACCUUCGCCAUGGAGUAAGGAAUGAAACAAACUGCCAGGGAAAUGAGGUGGUGAAUGCGGUGACACGUUGGAUCCUCAGAGAUGGCGAAUGUAGUCCGACUCGCAUCGUUUCUCGUAGCAAACUUCAAUGCGAUCAAAAGGUUUCUGAGUCCAUGAUCGUUCAAGGAGAGUGCCACUCUGGUGAAGACGGUUUCGGAAGACAAAAUAUUACAUAUUAUGAGCUUCGUCCAGCCAACUGUCAAUGUAAACGAGUUCCAGUUAAAGUUGACACCCAAAAUUGCCAUUGUCCGAAAGCUAGUGUGAAGAGAAAAUGCCUGAAUAAGGGCACUAACUUGGUCGAGAUAAGACGUAAAUAUGUCCUGAAAGCAAAAGCCGGAGUCCCUGUAUGCAUUGAAAAACAAAAUGAAAGACCAAUCUCUCCGUGUUUUUCCAAAGGAGGUAGUAAAUACUGGGAGAAAAUGGGUUCUUGCGAUUCAUCAACAUGCCAAAGGGUGGUUCACGUCUACAAACGAGCUCCACGAGGUUGUCAAUGUCCCACCAAGAAAUUAAGCCGUAUGGAGAUGUGCUGCUGUCCAAAACCCACUGCACCUACAUCCACUUGCAAUGAAAAGUCAAAUGCUAUUGAAACGCGAUUCCUCUCACACGCUUUACAAUCAAAUAUGACAAUUGGCGGCAAGGCAUAUGUUAUUGAGCCAUAUUGUGCUGAAUUGAAUCACACAACGAUAGUGCCUGUAUCGUGCGCAGAGACUAAGCCCAAGGUUAUAAUUGGAAAAUGUCGGAAAGAUAACCAUCAGAUUGUAAAAGUCAUCGGCAAACGUCCAGUUAACUGCUCCUGCGAAGAGUACGAAAUUAAAAGAAUGCGGAAUCGAUGUGGGUGUCCAAAGACUGUUAGCUACACUUACGGUGAGUGUAUUAAUGGUCGGCAAGUUGAAAAGGUACUAAUCCUGCAAUCCAUUUCUCACGAAAAGAGGGUUACUGAAGGAGUAUUAGUAAAUGAAACCAACUGUCAGCAAGUUAUUGUAAGUCGACGACAUAUACCUUGUGCUUGUACUGAAAAGCCUCGCAUUCUACGCAAAUGUCUCGAAGGCAAUCGUCUUCAAAUUGAAGAAAUUGAACAAUUCUUCAAUGAGACUUCAAGAACAUGCCAAAAGCAAGCUUCCAAGAAAGUUUAUCAAACGAUUUGCCCUAAACCAAAUAAAACGAUAUCCCAAUGUGGUGCGGAGGAGACCGGCUUUACGGCGGUAGAAACCUUGACAACUUGGACGCCCAUCGACUGUGAAUGUGUGCCGAAGGUCACAGAAAAGCCCUUCGUGUGUAAUUGUACUGUAAAGUAUCCGCCUAGAACAAGAAUUGAUUGCAAGGACAAUCAUAUUCUGGAAGCAGUCACGACUUCGUUUGUAUCUAAAGGUCAAGAAUGUGUACCCCAGAACUCAAAGGUUACUACGAAAGUUGUAUGCUCAACUGAACUGCGAUCCAAAGCUUCCCAAAUAUGCGAUAAGAAUACACACAUGAGAAAAGUAACUUGGUUUAGACAGGUUCCCCAAUCAUGCAAAUGUGAAUGGCAGCCCAUUAGCUCGGACAAAGAACUGGAGUCUCGAGGCUUGAAGUCUUUUGAAUUUUGCGAAUGUCCAGACGCCAAGGAAAUUGAUUUGAAAUGUAUGCGUGUGGGGCCUAGCCGAUUUUCUCAGGAAAAGACAUUAAUGAAGUACUUCAGAAAAGGAGCUGACUGUGUCCCUGUUAAAGAGACGGUGUUAAACAAUUUCACUUGUCUCGAAGGUGCUCAAACACAUAGAUCCUCCUGUGAUCCUCUAACCGGUCAAUUAGUUGAAAAUCAUGUAAUCGAGCAGGUUGAUAAAAAAAAUUGUUCAUGUCGCCGGAUUGUUAAAAGUAGUCGUCAAUGUGCUUGCAACUGUGGCGGAUCAUCUUCAGCUCCUCUAAAUUCAAAGACCAUCUGUCAUGCUGCCAGUGGAGUCCUUGAAACUGUUGAAGAAGUUGCUGAAUUAGUAGAUGGUUGUGCGUGUCGUCGAAGUCUGAAACGGAACUCUCGUCCUGUUCAAUGUCCAACCGGAAUACUUCAACAGUCUGCAACAGAAUGUGAGGUAGAUGAUCAUGGAGAUAGUUAUCGAAACAUCACGUGGUCCACGAAAAUUCGUGAAGGAUGCCGUUGUCUAGCUAAAAAUCACACCAGAAGAGAAAUCUGCUCCUGUGCUCCCCAAGAACGCAAUCUCACUCGCUGUGUGGAUAACGCAAGAAUCGAACUAAAAACCCUUCGACGUGUUCCAACUGAAGGAAAUAAGUGCGAGGAGAGAGAAGUAGCUAGAAAAGUAGUGGAGAUUAACUGUCCCAAGGCACGCACUCUAAGUAGCGUUUGCAAUAAUCAAACAGGAUUGGCGCUGGUGACGAAAGAACAGCCGAUUGUUGAACAGUGUAUUUGCAAGACUCGAAAACAGAAAUUCAAGAUUCCGUGCAAGUGUAACCCACUGGAGAAGAUGAUAUAUAAAUCGCCUUGCAACACCACCACAUGUCUUUCAUUUUCCGUCUACACUUUCGAGGUUCCUGAUGCCACCCAAAAUGGCACUUGUUUGACAAAGAAGGUGGUAAAAGAAUCAAAGUGUUGCUGUCCACCAUCACAGAAGGAACGAAGUUGUGACACUUCCAGUGGCAUGUUCCGGUCUCGAAUUCAAGAAUUCCGCCUACUGAAUGGUGAAUGCACGUCAAUAGUUCAAAUCUCUGCAGAUCUUCCAGUUAUUUGCCCGAAGAGUGAAUCAACAGCUGUGAAGAUUUUAAAAACGGGGAAGGUUCGCUUUCUUCGGCAGAGAACAGUUCGUAAUGGUUGCAGUUGUCGUAACAUUUCAGAAACUGCUUUCUCCAAAUGGAAAUGCCCCAAGCAAACCCAAAGUCGGAAAUGUGUAAAACAAGAUGGUACUGAUAAUUACGCUUGGCGAACUUCAGUUUCUCUUUGGAAGCCUUUCAAAGGCAAAGUACCUACAUGCAAAAAUCACGAAGUCAGUAUUAGCGAGACUCCUAUUUCCUGUCCUUCUGAAAAGGUCUUGGAAUCUAGUUGCUACUUUUCUCCUGGCCGAAACGGAUUUUUCAGGAAUGUAACUACGAGGAGCAUGAGAGUUGUCGAUUGCAGAUGCGUUCCACAAGAACCAGUAGUUAAGAAAUUCGUUUGUAGUUGCUCUGAACCAGUAGUCCAUACAGCUUGUAAUGAUGAGGAGGGUCGGAUUACAGAAAUAACCAUGUAUUUCAAUGCAUCUGCUGACGGCAGUCGAUGUAUUCCACACGAAAUUCGUCGUGAGUGGCAGGUUAAUUGCGCUCCAUCAAGUCCAGUAAUGCGUAGGAAUACAGCAUGCAAGAACGGACUUUUCCAGAAAAUUUAUACUAUGCGAAAGCGAAACGGAUGUCGUUGCCGAGCAUUUACUAAGCGCCUUUCCCUGCCUUGUGAAUGCCCGGAGCCGAGUAUCGAAACCACGUGCCUUGAAGACGGAGUGAUGCAGUUGACGAAUACUACAACUUACACUAGAGAACACUUAAACUCACCAUGCAAGCGUGAGGAACGAAUCACAAGGAAUGUUAUUUCGUGUGAUUCUCUUCCUGAGAUUGAAUUAAGACCAGGACGAGACUACAUAAUUCGUCCGAUUGAAGAUGGAAAUUCCAACCGAAGUGUCCUUCACGUUUAUCCCUGUGGCACAGGAGGUUCGCCUUGUACCAGACGCGUGGUCAAGGUGACAGCUGUCAAAGCGAAGGAGGGUUGUCAAUGUGAUAUUAAACGAGAGGAGAGAAUCGAGUCGUGCUGUUGCAAUGCGAAUGGAAGGUUGAGGAAUAUUCAAAAAUCCCAUUGGAUUGAAUGUGAUUCCCCAGAUCAUCCGUUGUCAAUCCGACAGCAGAGAUCUUGGCAUCUUGUAGAUGGAAAGUGCUGGCCUCUUACUUUAACAUCCUCAAAACCACUAGUGUGUUCGGAUGAGGCAACGGUAGCUCCACUCGGUGUUUGUUUUAACGGAACCCAACGCUAUGCUGUUACCAAAUCAAUAAGGGAAGGCUGUAGCUGUAAAAAGGUGAAAUCAAUUGAAUAUCGACCAUGCUUAUGCCAGACAGUAUCAGCAGCUGAAGUGGUCUUUGUUGUGGAUGAGUCAGUAUCGAGUCGGAUUCCAGAUUAUUCCCGUCGAGUUCGAGAUAUUCUGCAACUCACGAUUCAGACAUUCAAAGAUUCCCAAAACAGGAACUCCUCAAGUAGCUCGUUCCGCUUUGCUGUUGUGAAGUACUCCAGUGAUCCUAGCAUUGCUUUUAAUCUGGAUCAGUAUGAAGACUCCGCUCCAAUGCUUAGUCACGUUGAGAGCCUGAACUAUGAGGGUAGGCUCUCGAAUCUCGGAAGAGCACUGGAACUGACAAGAAGUGAGAUUCUAUCUGGAGUUCGUACUGGAAUUCCAACAAUAAUAUACAUCAUUAGUGAUGGUGUGAACGACAUUUCCGAGGGUGCUAAGGAACUAGCUUCAGAUUUGACUUCAACUGGAGUUCAAAUUCUUUCUAUCGCCGUGGGCGCAGACGCUAGAGGCAAAGCAUUCCUCUGGAGUCUGACAUCCAAACCUCACAACCGGCACUUCAUGGUUCAUUCGCUGAAAGCAAGAAAUGAAAAAUUAUCCAACUGGCUUAUAAAUUCCCUUUGUGUUCAAGCUUGUCCUGAAAGUACACAGACAAGAAGCGUCUGUUCCAGGGACACGGGAUGUCUGGGCCUAAUCUAUGAGCAGAAAUACCAAUACAAAGCAGACCUAGGCAAGUGUGUUGGAGUCUCGGUUAAGCGACCUUACCGUUGCUGCUGCCUUGAAGAGCCAAGAGAGGAGCAGAGAUGUGUCAACGGAAGUUUUAUUGUUACCAAAGAGAUGUGGAGAUUGAAUGAGGAGGGCAGAAGUGGUCUUGCGGUCUGCCAGCACUUCAAACUCGAACAGGACUUGACGGGCACAUUGAUAAAGAAUUGCCGGCCUGUACAAGUAGAGCUAGGUGAAUGUUCCGCCGAUGGAACGCGUACAGAAGUCACGAUUCGAAGGAACUUCGAUAAUUGUGAAUGCAAGGAAACACGAUAUGAGACUGUGAAGAGGUGUUUCUGCAAUUCGAAGACUCGAAAUGAGGAGCGUUGUGUUGACGAUGAUCGAAAACAACUUACAAUUCGUCAAGAAGUUCUUGAUUCAGAUGGUCAAUGCAACGAACAGGAGACAGUCUUUAUAAAGCAAAUCCUGUGCUCAGAGCCAAAAGUGUUCGCUGGGAAGUGUGACCCUAUGACCUGCAAACGUAGGGUUACUUACCUGAAAGAACGUCCUGAACAAUGCAAAUGCCGAAAACAAUUCAAAGUUAUAUUCGAACCUUGCUGUUGUAUUGAUCCAAAAUCUGCAUCAAAAGAAAAUGGAUGCAGUGAGAAUGACAUGAAAUUGAUCACUACCACAUCAACAGAAUUUGAUGGUCAUAGACGGGCUUGUGUAACCAAAACUGAGAGGAAGUAUGAACCUAUCGUCUGUCCGAAUGAGCCUGUGAUAGCGAAAUCGGAAUGCGGUCACUUUGGACGUGAUGUCGGGGGAAAUGAGGAUCCAAAUCUACAAUUUCGUAGAGUGGAAAUCACUUCCUGGAAACUUGAAAAUUGUGAGUGCGUCCCUAUUCGUCGGUGGGAAUUUGAGGCGUGUGGAUGUCGGGAAAUAGAUCAGCCGAUGGUACACGAAUGCCAUAAUGAGACAGGAAUUCUAAUUUCAUAUCAGCAGCGCUUCGUUCUCUCUGUCAUCGGAAGCAAUAAAACUUACACUGGUUCUGAAGCUAUCGGCAGACGAUUUGACCAAUUAGAGCAGGCCAAAUGUACACCUGUCUUCUCUGUAUGCCCAGAUGAUGUAGUCACUCAUGGGUCAUGCAUUUAUGAAGAUGAGGUAAGCCGGGCCUAUCUAAGCGUCGAGACCCGAUCAUGGAAUCGAGAAGGAUGUAAGUGCAAGCAGCUUCCAGCAAAGGUAACUAGAGAACUCUGUGGUUGUCGACGUCAGGUAUGGAAUCAGAGGCGUUGCUAUAGUAGGGGAUCUCGCAUACUUGUCAGCGUUAUUAGGGAGAAAUUAGUCAAUUUACCUCGUGGCCCCAGAUGCAAGAUUGAAGUCCAAACCAGAAAUGAGACUAUUACAUGCCCAGCCUCCCAAAUACAUUAUUCAAACUGUACUGAUGGGGAAAUGACAGUAAUAAUCGAUUUGGUUAGUCCAAGAGGCUGUAGAUGUGAGUCAACAAGGCUUAUUCGAAAGCUUCGUUGUAUUGAGAUUGCAAUAAAUGAAGGCGUAGAGAGUCCAACAGGAAAUAAAGAACAGCCUGGUAAUUUGUCAAAUGCCACUGAAAAGUUCAAAAACUUUGAGGAACUACGAGAGAGGUUGUCAAAUCUCGGUCUGACCGAUAUUCAAGAACCUUCAGACUUUGUUGAAGAUGGCGUUUUACCGGAAAAGGAGGAAGAUGAGAAUGAUAUUUUGAGGAGAAUAAUAAAACACGAAGAGGCUAAUUCCCGAUUGGAUGGUGACUUUGUUGAAUCUAUAACCCUUAAAAAUGCUGAAAAUCGGCCUGAAUUUCCUGAAAUGACUAAAGAAGCGCCGGAAGUCUCAAUAGUGGUCCAUACAGUGGAAUUGAAGAAUCCUGAUGAAGGAGAAGAGCCCCUUUACGACAAAAACACUAAGAAUAAUAAAAAGACCUCGAAAUUCAGGUUGGGAAAACACAAAGUUAGAAAACAUUUCUCCAAUGAAGAUGAAGGCGAUUUCAUUCCAGAUGAAUCUCGGGAGGAGAGCCCUACCCUUCGAAAGCAAAGAAUAAGAAAAUUAGAGCCGUCUCAUCGUAAACCAACGGUUCCUUCCAGUGAUACAACAGUUGCAAGUUCGCGGCCUGUUACCGAGACUAAUACUCCUCAGUGGGAAAUUAUUUCAGAAGAGUCAGGUACAGAAAAGCCUGUCGAUUUUCAAAAUAAGACGACUUCAGAGAAAGAAAACAAUACCAAAUCUAGCGAUGAAAUAAAUAGAUCAGAAACCACGGCUUACCCUCAACAUAAAAAGGCGCGCAGAACUCGAAGAAGAGUUCCAAGAUUUGGACUUCUCGAACCACUUUAUUACGAAGGAACGACUGAGACCGAGGCCGCGGAAAUGAAGCAGUUCACCCAGAGUCCGCCCAGCACAGAGCUAUCGGAAUCAAGCCUUCCCAAAUUGCCUAAGAAGAAAGCUGAUCGAACUAAAUCACCUAAAAGGAUCGUGCUCAACGCGGUUGAGUGUGUAGAUCUUCUGAACCCAGAGAAGUGUGCGGAAAUGGAGAAAGGUCCUAAUUCUGAAUGUGACAAACAUGGACAAACUAGAGAUGAGCUUUGUAGAAAGACCUGUCGUGUUUGUCAAGAUUUCCCAAUUAACGAGACAGAAUUUACAACUGAAGGAGACAGUAAAACUGACUGUCUAUUGGUUGAUGUGCGUUAUGUAGCAAAGUACCAUCUUCAAACUUUGAAAGAGGCUGGUUUAUCAAAGUGCAAGUCAGCAUGUAGCAAAGAACCUCGUUGUCUUGGAUUUGAUUUCUACAUUCCACUCAAGGAAAGCAACAAAGGAAGUUGUGUUUUAGGAACGGUAGAUCGAACCACGCUCAAAAUUCGACUCAAUAUAAGUGACGUUAAAGAAGGAGCUAGUGAAGACGAACUUAACAGAAUGGAGGCUGUGCAUUGCAUUCAUUUUCGAAAGAUACGUAAAUCAGUGGCAAGUACUGAAGACAAACGGACACUACAUUACGGGUCAAAUUGUACCUGUGAAAGACUGAAAUCGGUGAAUCCCUUGGCUUUCACGGUAUCUCCAAGCCUAGAUAAGUCUGUGAAUGGUCGGCAACAUUGCACAAAAGAAAUUUAUAAUUCGGCACGAGUGACAUGCCAAUCUCCGCCUACAUUGACUGAUGAUGGAGUUUCUGGAAGAAAUUUAACGAAUAUCAGUAUUUGUGUGGAUGUAAAACCAACAGAAUGGUGUGAGGAGGCAGCUAGAACAGGAUCUUGCAAGAAAAAUUCUUUUAGAGCGGUAUGUGGAGGUACAUGCGGUGUAUGUGCAUGUGAUAAGAGCUACGAAUAUAUUGGAAAAUGUUUUCCGAAUGGAAAGAUGACAGUGGUGAGAAUCGAAAAUAGGCUUAGUCCUUCUCAUGGACGCUGUAUUUCCAAAAGAUAUGUUAGCGUUGUUCCUUGCGAAGUCUGCCCAGCUAACCCAUAUGAGAUUGUUCAGUCAUGUAAUCCAAGAACAGAAAGCCGUUUAUUAAUUCGUGUUAAUCCCGUUCAAAACUUAAACAACCCAGCAAAAUGCAAUCUGAAGAUAUCAAAGAGGGAAGUCAGUUGCAAAGAUUGCAUGUUUGAGGAUGGUCGCAGUAUUGAACGCAGUACUAUUUCAAAGUGUAAGAGACGUAAGAAUGGCAACUAUCGAUUAUUCCUGAAAACAGAAUACGCUGUCAGUGUAAACGGCUGCUGCAAACUUAGAAAAUCAUAUCGGAGUUUUCCUUGUCUUGGUUGCCCAAAACCAAAGAUUGGUCAUUCAAAAUGUCUAGGCGGCUGGCAAAUGAGAACUAUAAUCUUCUUCGUCCGGCCAUCAACUGGAAAAUUCAGUGACGAAACCAAAAAUAUCCCAUCCUCAGCUUGUUUCCGCCAUAUAAUUUCAACGAAAGAGCGCUGCGUUUCAUUUAAAACGCACCACAAUAGUAAUUGUACGAAUCUCCUGGGCUUAACUGAAUGUCAGGAAUUCAAGAAUGGAGGGAAUUGUGCUAGCGAACCCAGAAUGGCUUGGAAACUUUGUGCUAAACAGUGCAAAAUGUGCUGA